AUGUCGCAUCUUUGGCAAUCGCUAAUGAAGAACAGGUGGGACAGCUCUGACCCCGAGAGGGCUCCUCCCCCACUUCCUCUCAACCCCCAGUCCCCCAUCGUGUCGAGGACAGGAACUAGUAGUGCCAUCCAGUCCGCCCAUGCUGCCCUGGCUGAGAAGGCCCGGGAGAAUGCCGCACUGGUGCCCCACGUACCCAAGCAUCAGCGCCUCGAAGUCUCACCAGAACGCCCAUUGCCCAUCCCAGGCAUGGCUCCCGCACCCCUAGGCGCCAACACCCACCGCCGAAUGAACUCUCUCCAGCCCACCUCGGUCAAGGAUAUGAGCAUGAUGAUCGAGGCCGGCAGUUCCCCGGCGAGAGAACUUCCCGUACCAAGGUCCCCCGAGAAGAACACCCGGCCCGUUACCCCUUCGAGAAACGCAAGGAACUCCUGGAUAGAACCCAAGGACGAGAAGGACUACUUCGGCCACAGCGGCGAUGACAGGUCAACAUUGAAACCGGGUCCUAGUUUGACACCCAUCAUCCGCCCGACUGCCCGCCGGGCUACUCACCAGAGUAUUCUGGGAGAAAACACACCCCCUCCGUCAGCUACCAUGCUCGCGCUGCAGAAUAUGAGCACCCAGUCUAACACUCACCUUCCUAGCACCAACACCAAUCUCUACAGCUCCCCGAUGGGUCCCAAACCCCCCCCUCCCAGCAUGGAGCCCGAGAAACCGCAACCGCCUCCGCCCCAACCGCAGGCGCACUCACAACCCUUAGGAGAUAUCACCAACAAUUCGCAUGCCAUGGUCCAGGUAGCCAAGGUACCGGAGUCCCUGGAUCUUCUUUCUAACCAGAUUCUUACCCUCACCGAUAUUGCGACAACGCUCCAAAAGGAAAUGUCUCUUCUCAGUCGACGUUCCCGUGACAAUGCCACCGAUCUUCUCAGCCUCAAGGAAGCGACCAAUGCCCGCGACGAGGAUAUCCGCAAGAGUCUCCGAGACCUCAUUACCGAGAGCAAAGCCAGAGCGGCCAACCGCGACCUCUAUGGUGGUCCCCUGUUACUGGAAGGUCGUCAUCACACCACCUCUCCCACUCAACUCAGUAAAUCCGUCCGGCCAUUUUCUCUUCCGCGUAUUCCGUCCCCUAACAGCUUUGCAGCUUCCUUUGAUCGCGAAUCCAUGUUGAGCACCCCAUCCCUGGUCGGUUCGGAAACUGGAACAAACUCGACGACUGUCACCCUGGUAGAGAAGAUCAUACGGGAUAUGGCUACCAAGGAGGGACAGGAGAAUCUGGGCCACAAACUCUCGGACCUUGCCGGUAAACUCUCUGGAAUGGCCACUGCUGACAAAAUCGAGGAACUUGCCAGGUUUAUCAAGGAGAAUCAACAACAGGCUGUCAUUGCUGCCGCUGCGGGCGGUGCUGGUGGCGGCGGCGGCGGGAACAAGAAUCGCAGCUGGGAUGUUGGGGAAGAUGACGACGAUGAUAGCCCUAGUAACUCGAGCCGACUUUUGCAGGGCGGUGGAGACGUGAAUGAGGAGGUUUACAAGGCUAUCAAAACGGUCAAAGAUAGCUUGGCCAACGCUGGCGGGCUUACUGCCGAGGUCAAGGCGUUGGUUGUCAAGCUCCGGGGCGAGGUGCUACAUAUGGGACGCGACCUCGGGCAGAAGUUUGAAGAAUUGCUCGCUGAGGGCGUGCCUAGCAACGGUGGGGGAGACGGCAACAAGGCGGACAUGCAGCGCAUUAUCGAGCAAGGCCUGGCCCAAAUGUCGGAGCAGAUGAAUAAGAUCCUCAGGGAUUACCGGUAUACCGGCGGUAGUGGAGGUGAUGUUUCGACAGAGGCCCAUGCGCUGACCGGUCCGCGCGAGGCUCAUCAGUUUGACUCGCAGGAGCUCUACAACGCUAUGCGCGCCGCCCUCAAGGAUACCCACCCAAGGACUCCCGACUUGAGGAGAGAGGACGUCAUGCAGGCUGUUAAGGAUGCUUGGGAGAAGUACAAGCCCGAGAUCGAGAUUCAGCAAAUUGGGCUGGAGAGGGAGGAGGUUCUCGAGUGUCUGGCGCAGGGCUUGGCUGACUUCAAGCGACCGAUGGGCGCGACAAGGGACGAGGUCUUCUCUGCUGUGGCGGAGGGAUUGAGAAACUAUCAGCCACCCAAGGUCGAGAUGUUGCGGAAGCAGGACAUUCUCGAGGUAGUUACGGAGUGCCUUGGAGAAUGGGAGGUUCCACAGCCACCCAAGACUGGUGACGAGGUCACGCGGGAGGAUGUGCUUGAUGCCGUUAGAGAAGGACUUCUUGCUAUGCCGCCACCGCCUGAACCAAAGGGGGCUAGCAGGGACGAUGUUAUCGAUGCUGUCGCCGAUGCCUUGGACGCCUUUGAUUUCAGCAAAACAGUUUCUGAGGCGCUUAUCACACAGCCGGUCACAAAGGGAGAUGUAGCUGAGGCCGUGAGCCAGGCUUUGAAGGGACUGGAUUUGUCUGAUGACAUGUUGGAUGCUGUACAGGAAGGUCUGAGGGGACAGGAGGAAAAGGUACGACAGGCGGUUGAGCAAGGACUCAAGGGCUUUGAUAUUGAGGCUUUGGCGGCCAUGAUUCCCCGACCGGACUUGUCGCGCGUUGAUGUUGCGGACGCAGUCAAGGAAGGACUUGAAUUCCUCGACCUGAGCAGAGACGAUGUUGCCGAUGCCGUCAAGGAUGGCUUGGAAAAGAUGGACUUGACCAACACGCUCUCCAAGUCUGUGGCAGAGGCCGUCAAGAAAGUGCUGGAGGACCACAACUUUGGCAGCUCUUCUCAUUCGGCCAACAAUGAGAGGGCGCUGGUGCCCAGAAGCGCUAGUAUGGGCUCUCAUAUUCCUAUGCCAUCGCCCCCAUCUUUUUCUGGUUCCGAGAUCCCGAUGAAUGCCUCUCCUGGCUCAUCAGUUUCGAAAUCCGACAUUGAAGAGGCCGUCAAGUCCGCCCUCGACUCGCUCGACUUUUCGCUUGAUGUGUCAGAUGCUGUCAAGACUACACUCGAUGGCUUUGACUUUGCGGCCGCCGCUGGUUCCAGCUCAGGUGCAACCAAGUCUGACUUGUCCAAGGCUGAUGUUGUCGACGCUGUCAAGGAAGGUAUUCGGGCUUUGGAUCUUUCCACUGAGAUCGCGGCCGAUGUGAUUGAUAUCGUCAAAAAGGAGCUUGAGCAAGGAGAUUCAGCCAAGAGCCAAGACCCCGAGGCUAUGGUCGCGGCUGUUAAGCGUGGCCUUCAAGAGGUUGAUCUGACGACUGAGAUUGCUGCCGACUUGAUCGAGUCUGUUCGUAAGGAGUUUCAGACUCUGUCAUCUGGGUCCGCAGUUAUUUCUGCCAAUGCCACUAGCCCAGCUGCUAGUAAUGAAGAGGUUCUCGCCAAGUUGCAGGAGAUUAGGGACGCCGUGGUUGCCGAGUUCAAGGCUGCUACUGAAGAGUCCAAGAAGAGCACCGUUGACAGUGACGGUCUUGAGAAGCUCAGGUCCGAGAUUGAAUCUUAUGUUGACCGCGUCAAGGGCGAAUCAUCAUCUUCCGAGGACAAGGAAGAGUUCAUGCAGGACUUGCUCAAAACUCUUGAUGGCUUCCGUGACGAGGUUGGCGAGCUGGUGCUCAAGUCGACUGACAGUUCCAAGACCAUGCUCAAGGAGGAGCUCGAGUCUCUCCGGGAGGUUGUCAACUCCAGUAUGGUGCCUGUCACCCCACAGGCCGGCAUGUACACCCAGGAAGUUCUCAUGGCUAUUCAGGAGGGGCUUUCAAGCCUGAGGGCUGAGGUUUCUUCACGGCCGAUUGCCGGGCUGACUGAGAUUCUCGACGCGCUUCAGGAAGGCCUGGGCGAUAUCCGAGUCAGCAUUAACAACCUCCGCGACAAGCCUGCCGACCUCACCGCCAAUGACGAAAUUCUGGAAGCUCUGAAAGCUGGCCUCGAUAGCGUUAGAGCCGAUAUCGAUGACAUGAGGAAGAGCACCAGCAACGAGCUAGCUUUGGUGAAGAAGGCCCAGGACAACGACGAGGAGGAGAUCAAGGCCAGAGCUAUCAUCCCUGUUGAGAAAACCGUCCAGAAGGAUGAUAUCAAAAAUCUUGAGACCUUGCUUACCCAGCUGGGCAAAAAGGUUGAGGUAAUGCAGGCUACCUCUGUUCCUGAUCCCGAUGCCAUGUCCAAGGAAGACGCCCGCCGCAUGGAGGAUACGAUCCGCCAGGUACAGGAGUCAGUUGCCAAGUUGCCGAGUCAAGUCCCACUUGCUUCGAUGGAGGAUGCACUCAAGAAGAUCCAGGCGACGGUGAUUGAGAUGUCAACCCGCGAUCCGCCCGCCCGCAAGCCAAGGGAACCAAGAGUACCGAGCGAGAAUGAUGAGCCCGCCCUUAGGGAGGAUGUUGAGGCCAUCGAGACCAUUCUUCGCAAUACCAAGGCUCGUCUGGACGAUCUCAUUGACGGCGAGCAGGGCGUGCGCAAGGAUCAUAUUGAUGCUUUGGAGGCACUCAUUCUGGAGACCAGAGAAUCCCUUGCCGGCCUGGUCAGUCAUGUUGACACCCUAUCCAAGAAGGAUAACAUCGACGCGUUGGAGACGCUCAUCCUCGAGACUAGAGAGAGCGUGGGUGGCGUGGCUAGCCAGUUGGAGAUGGUUUCUCAGAAGGAAGAUAUUCUCAAGGUCGAGUCACUGGUCAACCAGGUCGUUGCUGCUUUUGACGAGAUGAAAGAGCGCCAUGAGAAGGCUCUGGACGACCCCGAGCGAAUCACCAAGACCGACGUCGAGGCUGUCGAGGCGGUUUGUCUUGAUACCAAGGUGCUCAUUGAGAACAUCAUGAAGGUUGAUUUGGCUUCGCUGCCGACAAAGGAGAACAUGGACAACCUCGAGCUUCAGCUUGGGGAGCUGAAGGAGUGCAUGGAUUUCCAUGCUCUGGAUGCCCAGAAAGCAACGGAGGAUAGGCAGGCGGAGAUUGUCGGUGUCGGUGAGCGGGUUGGGGAGGUCAAGGCUAUUUUGGAGGACUUCCAUGGCGUGUUGAGGGGCAAGCUGGAGGAGGGGGCAAAGGGGGUGGACUCGAUUCAUCUUUUGCUUGAUGGCUUCAGCACUACUAUCAAGGAGGCUAUUACCAAGAACGACACUGUUGGCGACGACUUGAAGGUUAUACUUGAUGCUCUCAAGACUGAUGUCGAGGAGUCCAAGGCUAGUUUUUCGACUGCCAACUUGGAGACCAACGAGAAGGUUCAAGCCGCCAGCGACGCUGUCAUUGCCAAAUUGGAUGAGCGGAUUGCUGAUCUGAUGGGCAAGUGUGGCGAGUUCCAGCUUCUUCAUGAGGAACGGGCUGCCAAGGGUGAGGAGCGAGAUGCCAACAUGGAGGCGGCAGUUGUUGGCAACAAGGCUAUUGCUGAGGAGCUCAAACAGCUGGUUGAUACUCUUGGGUCUGCUGUCACCGACUCGAUGGAGAGGAUGGAGGAGGCUUCCAAGACUGUGUUUGAGCGGGUUGAGGCGCUUGUUACCAAGUCUGAUGAAGGCCAGCUUGAGGCCAAGACUGAACAUUCCCUCACUCGUGAGACAGUUCAAGAGGCCAUCACCAAGGUCGGCAGUGUCAAUGAUCAGGUUGCCGAGUACCAGCCCAAGAUUCUUCAGACCCUUGAAGACUUCGUCUCGACGGUUGGUCAGCAUUAUGAGCAGCUCCACACCAAGGCCCAGGCUAUCCAGGAGCGCGUUGAGAUUCCUGUCGAAAAGUACAAUGACACUGCUGUCAAUGAGAAGCUUGAUGUUCUUGUCGGCCAUACUGAGGUUGCCGACAAGGCGUUCGGGCGGCUGGACACUCUUGACGAGGUUCACUCUCAGGUCAAGGCCACUGCUGCUGAGCUCGCCAUCUUCAUUGCUGCUCAGACUCAACGCAUCGCCGAUGAGCAUGAGGACAAGGAGAAGACACUUCAGGAGACCAUCGUUGCCUUGGAGCGCAGGCUUGAGGAGAAGCAGCAGGUUGAGGCUCAGAUUUCCGAUCUUCGCGAGGAACAGGAGCGCCUCAAGCAGUAUAUCUCUGUCACUCUUCCUCAAGAGCAGGAGCAGAUUACCAUUGCCUUCAUGUCCAACCUUCAGAGCGAAGAGGCCCGACUCAAGGAGACGAUUACGUCCCUCAAGGAGGAGCAAGAGCUCCUGAAGGAGACUUUCUUGUCUAAUCUGAAGGAGGAGCAAACCCGGAUCACGGAAGCCAACGUCGCCCUUAACGCUGAACAAGACCAGCUCAAGGAGUCUUUUAUCGCCAACCUCAAGGAAGAGCAAGCACGCAUCAUGGAGACCAAUGUUGCCUUGAAGGAGGAGCAGGAUAAGCUCAAGGAGACUUUCUUGGCCAACCUUCGUGAAGAGGAGGGCAGGCUUAAGGAGUUGAACGAUGCCCUCCGGGAAGAGCAGCAGAACAUCCGUGACACCUAUCUCGCCAAUCUCAGAGAGGAAGAGUCGCUUCUCAAGGAGAUCAAUGCCGGCCUUCGCGCUGACCAGGAGGCUCUCCGUGAGAGCUUCAUCAAGAGCUUCCAGGAGGAAGAGCUCAGACUUCGCGAGGUCAAUGAGCAGCUCCGCGCCGAUAACGACAAGCUCCAGGUCACCCUUAAGGAGGAGAAUGAUUUGCUCAAGGCUGCUCUGAAGGAAGAGUAUGAGCAGGCCAAGGCCCAACUCAAGGAGGAGCAUGAACAACUCAAGGCCCAGCUGAAGGCUGAGCAAGAGGCUCUCAAGGCCACCUUUAAGGCUGAGCAAGAAGAGCUUCGUGCUUCCAUGAAGGAGGACAAUGACCGUCUCAAGAUUGAGUUGCUCUCCAACCUCAUGGAAGAAGAGACCAGAGUCAAGGAAGCCAAUGCUGCCCUCCGCGUUGAGCACGACAAUCUCAAGACUGCCUUCUUGGCCGAGCUCAAGGAGGAAGAGGAGCGUAUCAAGACCAGCCUGGCUGAUUUGCGCCUUGACCAAGAGGAUCUCAACUCGCGCAAGAACAACCUCUGCUCUGAGCUGUCUACUCUCGAGGCUGCCUGCAAGUUCCGCCGUGAGGAGGUUGAAGAUCUUACCACCCAGUCCGAGCACAUGGAGCGCAAGGUGCUGGAGGGUGUCAUGGAUCUUUCCAAGGUGUUGCUUAUGAAGAAGACUGCCAGCGGCCUGCCCGAGAAGAAGGGUCCCGGUGGCGGCAACAGGGAGUUUUCGUCUACGUUGAGCAGAAAGAGGGUUGUUAGUGGACAGCAACCGCUUGAUACUGCCGGUCCGAACAAGGCUAGGGGGACCUCGGCUGCGAUCAGUAUCGCGCUUGCUCAGUCUGGUCUCAGUCCUGAGGCUAAGAGGAACUUUAGCUUGACGCAGAUCAGCAAUAACAUCCCUGCCGGCGGCAUCAAGAGAAGCCAGAGCGUUAGGAACCCUGCUGGCGGUGCUGCGAACAGGGGCCUUAGGAAGGAGAGCUGGACUCCGAUGGCGGCUACGCCUAAGAGCAGGGCUGCGAGUGGGAACAAGGCUGGGAAGGGGUAUGGGGAUUUGAUGGGGGAUCGAGAGGUGGAGGGGGAGGAUAAGGAGAAUGUCCCGGUUGUCAAGGAGGAUGAGGAGGAGCAGGUUGAGAUUCCUCAAGAGACUGAGGAGAUCAGGGUUGAUGAGAUUCGGGUUGAUGAAUCGGAGGAUGAGGCUGAGUCGGUGGCUGGUGAUGAGGCUACUCCUGUUGAGGGGGCUGCUGCUCCUGCUGUUGAGGAGGAGGAGAGCAGUGAGUCUGAGGAUGAUAACGACGAGGAAGAGGUUGAGCAAAAGGAUGGGACUGCUCUUGCCGCUGCCAAGGCCGCUGCUUCUUCCCGUGCUUCUUCGCCCGAGCUGGAGGAGGCGUCUUCUUCGUCGGAGUCUGAAUCCGAGGAUGAGGAGGAGGUCAUCGACCAGCCCAAGACUAAAGCCGCCACAACUGAAACCAAGACUGCUGACGACGCGGCCUCGGAGUUUACUGACGAUGAUAUUGAGCAUGUCGAAGCUGAGUCGGAGUCGGAGUCGGAGUCUGAGAAUGAAAAGGAAGCUGAAGAGCCGACGUUGACUGGAGACACGUUGAGAAAGGUCAGCAGUGGCACGACGGUUGUUACUCCUGGUGGUGGUGAUGACGAGUUCAGUAGUAGUGAGGAGUCGGAUUUUGAUGAUGGGGCUAGUGACUGGACUAAUCCGCCCGCUGCUUUGGGGACAGAGACGAAUAUUACUGCGCUGGAGAGCGAGGUUGGGACGCCGGUUGAGGAAAAGAGGAAGGGGGCUUGA